GCAUCUUCUAUGAAUAACUAAAAUCCGUAGACACUCUCUGGGAAGAGGCUAUGGAAGUCGCUUGUGACUAAUUUCUGUAAAUGGAGCUUGCCACAGAAUGUGCCAAACUAUUCUUUAGGUUAUCUGGAGGAAUCGGGAAAACACUGUGCUAUAUAAAAGAAUGGGAUCUAAAUGCCACGUAAUGUGGAGAAAUCGGCCAUUUUUUUCUCUCUGAUCAGAACAGUCCACACAUAUAAUAUACCUCUGCAGGUUCCUGACAAGCAUGGGAAGUAUUGAUUUAAAUAAAAUUGUUGAGUUUUACUUGGAUCAUUCAUUGACAUAUUCCAAUCUCCUUCAACAAAAAGGACGACCACAAGCAUCAUUUCACAAAAUCAAUUAUAGGGUGCUGAAUGAUACUCUGGUGUGGACAAAUGAAACAGUAAAACCAUGUCAUUUAAUAGAGGGUCAACUUCCAGUACAAGAAUGGAACUCCCUUAGAGUAUCAAAUAAAACUCAUGCCUUAGAAGAUCGCAGUUGUUUAACAUUAAAUAAAGGUGUUAUUGUUGGGUAUGACAAGCCAGUAGUAAUUAGUGCUCCUGAUUACUUUGGUUUUAACAGCUUCAUACUCUGGCCAAGGCAACAGAAGACCGAAAGUAAAAAGAAUGUAAAUGCAACAUUAAAAACUGGUCAUAAAACGACUGCAUUUGAAACUCCGUCACAAGCUUUUCUUCAAGUUAAAAAGACUGUCUACGAAGGCUAUUUCAGUGCUCAGGCACGACUAAGCGGAAAUGUGAUUUUCUACAACGGCUGCAAAUACAAUAAUGACUUACCAAUAUCGCACAUUGUACAAGAAUUAAAAGAAUACAUUUCUGAGCUAGAACGUAUGAACAAUGUUUCAGGGGUAUUAAAGGCAGAAAUAGAUGAAAUUAGAGACGUUCAAAAGCUAAAGAUUGAAAGAGAUGAACAGGACCUUACUGUUUAUGCAGCCUGGGAGAUGCAAGGGAAAGCUACUAUAGCUUGGGAUUCCUUAUACGUAAAUUGGCUGUAGAACAUUUUCUAACUGAAAUGUAAAUAGUUCACAGCUAAAUACUUCUAAAGUAAAAAAUAAAAUGAUAUAAGCUUCACUAAUUUCUUGCGAAAUAUCUUUGAUUCUAUGUAUUUGAUUGUAAUAGCAUUUGCGUUAAUGUUGGCAUCUCGGAUAUUCAACAUAAUAAGAUAUAAAUCCUUUCGUUUGUUGUUUUUUGUUCUCAAUAAAUAUAUAUAAAUG